AUGGUGAGGAAAAUUCUCAGACCUCAGAAAGUGACAGGAAGACUAAAAUUUGAAUGCUUUGUGGAUGUGAAGCUUGGGGGGCGGGCGGUUGUGCCCGGCGCGGUCCUUUGUGCGGCGGGACGAGUGCUUGCGGCGGGCGGCAGAAGGCGGAGGCGGCGGCGCGCGGCGCGAGGCCGCCGAGGCCGGUCCCCCGCCCGCCGCGGGGCUCUGGGCUCCUCUUCCGAUAGCGCGGGGCUGCGGAAGCGCACGCCCCGCAAGAAGGAGCCUCCGCCCUCGCCCCCGGGCGGUGUGUCCGAGCCGUCGGCCGCCGGGGCCGCCCCUGCGCCCGGCGGCGAAACCACCGGCAUCGCCGAGACCCCCGAGGGCCGCAGGACCAGCCGCCGCAAGCGGGCUAAAGUGGAGUAUAGAGAAAUGGAUGAGAGUCUUGCAAACCUGUCAGAAGAUGAGUAUUACUCUGAAGAAGAGAGAAAUGCUAAAGCUGAGAAAGAGAAAAAACUACCCCCACCACCUCCACCAGCUCCUGCAGAAGAAGAGAAUGAAAGUGAGCCGGAGGAGCCAUCUGGGCAAGCAGGAGGACUUCAAGACGACAGUUCUGGAGGGUAUGGAGACGGCCAAGCAUCAGGUGUGGAGGGUGCAGCUUUCCAGAGUAGACUUCCACAUGACCGUAUGACAUCUCAAGAAGCCGCCUGCUUCCCUGAUAUAAUCAGUGGGCCACAGCAGACUCAGAAGGUGUUUCUGUACAUCAGGAACCGCACCCUGCAGCUCUGGUUGGAUAACCCAAAGAUUCAGCUGACAUUCGAAGCAACUAUCCAACAAUUAGAAGCACCUUAUAACAGUGACACAGUGCUCGUUCACAGAGUUCACAGCUACCUGGAGCGGCAUGGGCUGAUCAACUUUGGGAUCUACAAAAGAGUGAAGCCUCUUCCAACCAAGAAGACUGGAAAGGUGAUCAUUAUCGGUUCUGGAGUCUCUGGGUUGGCAGCAGCUCGCCAGUUGCAGAGUUUUGGAAUGGAUGUCACAGUUCUGGAAGCCAGAGACCGAGUGGGAGGAAGAGUUGCUACCUUUCGCAAAGGGAACUACGUUGCUGAUCUAGGAGCAAUGGUGGUAACAGGACUUGGAGGAAAUCCCAUGGCUGUGGUCAGCAAACAAGUGAAUAUGGAAUUGGCAAAGAUCAAACAAAAAUGUCCACUUUAUGAAGCAAAUGGACAAGCUGUUCCCAAAGAGAAAGAUGAAAUGGUGGAGCAAGAAUUUAACCGUCUACUGGAAGCCACAUCCUAUCUCAGUCAUCAGCUGGAUUUUAAUGUUCUCAAUAAUAAGCCUGUCUCUCUAGGUCAGGCUCUGGAGGUUGUCAUACAAUUGCAGGAGAAGCACGUGAAGGAUGAGCAGAUAGAACACUGGAAAAAAAUUGUGAAAACACAGGAAGAAUUGAAAGAUCUUCUUAACAAGAUGGUGAAUUUAAAAGAGAAGAUUAAAGAACUUCAUCAGCAGUAUAAGGAAGCAUCAGAGGUGAAGCCACCUCGGGAUAUUACAGCGGAAUUCCUUGUGAAAAGCAAACACAGAGAUCUGACUGCACUUUGCAAGGAGUAUGAUGAAUUGGCAGAAACACAAGGAAAGCUGGAAGAGAAAUUACAAGAACUGGAAGCCAAUCCACCAAGUGAUGUUUAUUUGUCAUCAAGAGACAGGCAAAUACUUGACUGGCAUUUUGCAAACCUAGAAUUUGCUAAUGCUACACCCCUCUCUACACUUUCACUGAAGCACUGGGACCAGGAUGAUGACUUUGAAUUCACAGGCAGUCACUUGACUGUGAGGAAUGGAUAUUCCUGUGUGCCUGUAGCCUUGGCAGAAGGGUUGGAUAUUAAAUUAAACACAGCAGUUCGACAGGUUCGCUAUACAGCAUCAGGCUGUGAAGUAAUAGCUGUAAAUACGCGAUCUACCAGCCAGACCUUCAUUUAUAAGUGUGAUGCUGUGCUGUGCACUCUGCCCUUAGGAGUGUUGAAACAGCAACCUCCAGCAGUUCAGUUUGUGCCACCUCUUCCAGAGUGGAAAACAUCUGCAGUGCAGCGUAUGGGAUUUGGCAACCUGAACAAGGUUGUGUUAUGUUUUGAUCGUGUCUUCUGGGAUCCGAGUGUCAAUUUGUUUGGCCAUGUUGGGAGCACUACUGCAAGCAGAGGAGAACUUUUCCUCUUUUGGAACCUGUACAAAGCGCCAAUUUUGUUGGCCUUAGUAGCAGGAGAAGCAGCGGGGAUCAUGGAGAAUAUCAGUGAUGAUGUCAUUGUUGGUCGGUGCCUUGCUAUUCUCAAAGGCAUAUUUGGCAGCAGCGCUGUGCCCCAGCCUAAAGAGACCGUGGUGUCCCGCUGGCGUGCCGACCCAUGGGCCCGGGGGUCAUACUCCUAUGUAGCAGCUGGAUCCUCUGGAAAUGACUAUGAUUUGAUGGCUCAGCCAAUUACUCCAGGGCCAGCCAUUCCAGGUGCCCCACAGCCCGUUCCACGCCUUUUCUUCGCGGGAGAACACACCAUUCGCAACUACCCCGCAACGGUGCACGGCGCGUUGCUGAGCGGGCUGCGGGAGGCCGGGCGCAUCGCCGACCAGUUCCUGGGGGCCAUGUACACGCUGCCGCGCCAGCCCGCGCCCGGCGUGCCCCCGCAGCAGGCUGCCAGCAUGUGAGGGGAGCGGGAGGCCUCAGAAGAGGGUGCAAAGCCCACAGUGCUACUGUUGUGGACUCUGGGAUGGAGAUACUCAUGUAGUCUCUAGCAGAGUCUGCUGAGAGGACCCGGAGUUACUGUACAACAUUUGUGUGAGAAUGGCCUUACAGAAGCUCACUGAACCUUUGGCUUGGCAGCCUUCUAAAAACUUUAGAGCUGUUUGAAGGGACAGUGUAAACAGAAUCCUUUACUGUGAAACUGGUGAGGGACUUUGAUUCUGCAGGUACUUUUUGAAAGUCAAGCUUGUAGAUGGAGGUUUUUUAGGAUGGGAUUUUUUUCUACCUGUGUGUGUAUUUACAGUUUGGUAAUUGCACAAGGCCCUCUAGAAGCUGGUUGCUACAAAUAGUAACUUAGUGUAGAAUUUAUGUAAACUUCUUUGUGGUUUUUCUAUGGUUUUGUUUUGAAGACUAAUAUUUUUGACCUAUUCCUGUGUGGUUUUGAGAAUUUGGAGCAACUGUUUACCUACCAGUAACAGCAAAUCACAUCCCUCCAAAAAUGGUCCAUUGGCUGCUACACCAGCUGCAUCCUGUUGUAGAGAGUAAGUUGGUAUCACUGAGCAUGCUAAGCAUACUGUUUUAUUAAAUACUUUCAAACAAAAGAAAUCUUCAGAAUUGCAUAUUUGUAAGUUAAAAACUAGAAAAAAUAUUAGCAUUUGUUUAUAUAGAGAGACAAUUGCCUAGACAGGAAGUUAACUGAAAGACCUGAGUUCUUGACUUCUGCUUAGUGCAGGUAUUCACUCUGUACCUCUUGGCUUUGUUUCUGCCAGACUGAUGAGAUGAUGUUGCAACUGCCACUAUGCUUCUGAAAAUCACUUCAGUUUGGCUGCUUUUCCAUGUAUUCUCCUUCUUAUAAUUCAUCACAAGCACAAUAGAGCUUUCUUUUCAUUGCACAGAGCAGUUUUAUGUAAGCAUUUAGAUCUUUUUUCCCUCUCCUUUAUUUCCCCAUUAGCAUUAGACUUUUCUUAUUUCUUGAACUUUUCUCAUCCUCCUUUUUCUGCAGUUUAUGUCUGUCUCGCCUAGCUGCGGUCUCUGUUCACACUGGCUUUUCUGCUCUUCACUGCUCCUCUUCUCAUUCUCUGACCCCAUGUCUGUAUAUGUGCAGUCUAUCCCAACUUCCUUCUGCCCUUGCACCUUCUGUUCUGAUACCUUCUCUUGUUCCAUGCUUAUCCAUCUACAAUUACACUGCCCAUGCUUCUUUCUGAAGAAAAUACACACAGAGGCACGACUGCAGACCUUGCUUGUUUCUGACUCUGUUGUCUUUGGCCAAAGACUCUCCAUCUUCUAUCAUAAUUGCUUCUGUUUUCUUGUGUAUCCUUCUUUGCAGCAGGAGAUCAUUCAUCCUGACCAUGUCUUGUGGUUGCUUUCUCCUGACAUGUCUAGGUCUGUGAGCAGGUAUCUCCAUAGCCGGUCCUUCUGACAAGCUGUGAGAAAGGGCUCAUGUGGCCAGAGUAUUAGGCUGUGAAGGGGACACAGAUUGGAGGUGUCAAGGACUAAGCCCAUUGGAAGUUGGUUGGAUUUGGUGCCAUGGGAGACCCUUUAUGCCAAACCUCCCGUCUAAAUCAGUGUUACUUUCCUCAGGUCUCUAACUUUGCACAUGUUGUUGCUACUUGAGCCCUUGGUGAAAAGGGAUAGUAUUGAGCAACAUCACUCAUUCUUGCUGUGCCUUCCAGGGACAAGAGAGACUUGUUAUGGUUGGUCAGAAAACUGUCACUGAAGGGGGGCAGGACUUGAAAGUCCAGCAAGGCAUGGAGGAGGAGUGUCUGAGGGUGACAGAGAGUAAAUGGGGAGUAAUUUGAAACUCAAGAGUCCCUGCCUUAUGCUCAUCAACACCAGGGAAACUUGUUCCAGGAUGACAGAUGUGACAGACCUUUAAAAUCCACCAACAGCUGAGCUCCUUUUGGCUACUCUGACUGAAGAUGGGAAGAGAAUUGGGGUGCUAUGCCAUGUAAUUGGGUCUCCAUAUUUGUAGGGUGGUUUGCUGUUGGGAUUCAUGAUGGUGCCAUCUCUGUCGUGACAUCCUGCCUGCUCUAGCAAAGUGUCAGAAACUCUUAAAAGCACUUCAGGCCCACUAGAAAAUAAAAUAGUCCUGAACUGAA